AUGGAGGGGGAAGUAAAAGUAAUGAGGGCUCUGCUAGAGAGCAUCGCGUGUAAGCUGGAAGAUAUGAAUAUCAACAACAACACCGUUAGGCCUACAAGCACCGACGAUCAGGAAGUGCCAGCUCAACACCAUAUUCCAAUUGAGGACCUUCGAGACCUUCACAAGGCGUCAUCUGGACCUGGGAACAUGGCGGCACAUCUAGUGCAGCGUCUCUAUCCAGAACUUUUUGGAGUGACCAACUUACGAUAUAUGUACAGUUGGAAUGGCGGGGGAAAUCUAAAUAAGAAAGAGCUGUGCGAGGAAAGGAAGGUUGUUGUGCAGCAGUAUGUGUGUACGUUCUAUCCGGAGGUGAAAGACCAAAGACUGUGGAAGGAUGUUGUAGUUCCUAAGGUUAACGAACUUUUACGCCGUGUGAGCAGACAAGAACGUAAACAGAAAAAGCAGUCAACGACGUGCAAUCAAGAACAAAGUCCAGCACUCAGCAUGCCAGAUAUAAACUUUUCGUACGUGUCCGACGACUUUGUGUCAUAUAUGAACCUGUGA